CACAUACGCACACACACAUAUUUUAUAAAUAAUGUUCGAUAGUUUUGACAGUUCUUGUCAUUAUCGCAAAACUCUAAACGCUCAUGUUAUUGUUAUUAAUUUCUUUAUAAUUUUUAAAAUAAAUAUAAUAACUAAAGAAAUAAAAUGUUGAAUCUUUUGUAUAUUAUUGUUCGUCGAAUUCUUACGACAUAGUAUCCAUAUAUAAAUGUGUUAAGUUCCGCUUAUGCGGCUCAGUCGGAGUUUGCGUUUUGUGAUCUCUUUAUGUCAGAGUUAUACGAUAUAUAAAAUAUAAAUAUAACAAAUUUUAUCUAUAUAGAAUGUAAAUAUAUAAAUGAUUAUAAAUCUGCACAAUUGAACUGAGGAUUAUUUGGAAACAAAGGAAUAUCAACAUGUGGAAACCUUUUGAAGCUGGAAGUUCUCCAAUAGAUUGGUGUGAGGGAAAUUAUAGUAUAUCACCCAGCAUUGCAGAAUUUAUGAAUACGUUGAGCAAUGUAGUUUUUUUAUUACUUCCACCUGUACUCAUGCAUCUUUUUCGUGAUUAUGGAAGAUUUGUAAAUCCAGGAAUUCAUGUAAUAUGGUUUUUACUUAUGAUAGUGGGCCUGAGUAGUGCCUAUUUUCAUGCAACUUUAUCUCUAAUAGGCCAGCUUUUGGAUGAGUUAGCCAUAUUAUGGGUAUACAUGGCAGGUUUUUGUAUGUUUUUUCCAAGAAGAUAUUUUCCAAAUGUUUUUCGAAAUGACAGAAAACGUUUUUCAAUGUUUGCUACAUUUCCGACUUUAAUAGCUACUGGUUUAGCAUUAGUACAUCCAGCAUUAAAUGCAUUUGCUUUAAUGAGUCUUGGUAUACCUGCAUUUGGUUUUAUGAUAAUAGAAUUAAAAAGAACGACAUCAAUGAGGGUGUAUAGAUUAGGUCUCCGUUGUGGCGCUGUAUGGAUAUUAGCUGUUACAUGUUGGUUAAAUGAUCGUUUAUUCUGCGAUACCUGGCUGAAUUUAAAUUUCCCAUAUCUUCAUGCUUUAUGGCAUCUAUUCAUUUUUAUAGCAAGCUAUACAGCAGCAGUACUCUUUGCUUAUUUUUCUGUCAAGGAAGAAAGACCACAACAAUCGCCUACACUUCGAUAUUGGCCAAGGGAUGAUUUUGAACUUGGUAUACCAUAUGUGACAAUUAAAAGUUAUGUUAAAAUUGAUACAAAUAGCAACAUAUAAUUAAUAUGGAAUAUUAUAAAUAUCUAUAAGGCUAUAAUGUGCAUUUAUUACUAAAUUAAUAAAGUAAUAGUAGAUUAAAGAAUAAA